CUUUCCGGGGCCCCGUUACCAUUUGCGAGACUAUAAACACCUCGUCCUCCACGGCCCUCUGUUUGCGAACGGAGAUGCAGCCCAGCAUUCCGGUCGGCACAGUCCAACCCACACACAUUGUCAAAAACAAAACGUGCGAUAUCUGCCACGCACGCUUCGCGCGCUCUGAGCAUUUACAACGGCACCGAAGAACCCACACCAAUGAAAGGCCCUUCCGGUGCCCUUGCUGCGACCAGGCCUUCCGCCGUGCUGAUGUGAGGAAGCUCCAUCUGGAAGCUUGCCACGCCGACGAUGAGCGCAGCCACGGCGACCUGCAAGCAUACGGCAGCACCCGUCGCAAGAAGGUGCGCGUGGCCUGCGACUCAUGCCGCAAACGCAAGACUAGAUGCAGCGGAAGCCAGCCGUGCCCAUCUUGCAAAGCCAUUGGCAUGAGCUGUACGUAUGAGCAGCCGAGGCAUGAGGAGCCGCCCGCUCCCCCGACGCCGAAGAGCGCUUCAUUAGAUGAUCAGAGUUCGCACUCUCCAUCUUCAGCAGAAGCAGCUACUGCCUUCCAAUCAGAUGCGGACCGAUUGUCUGCAAGAAUUCAGCACGGCAACCAAAGUUUCCAGUGGUCUUCAAUUAAUCCAAGUCAGCACUUAGGACUACCACUAGCACCCGCUGCCCAGCCUCUCCAUGAUGCUGUCGCCGAGCCACAGCGAGAGAGCAUUGGUUUGGGCUUUCAGCCCAUUGAGACCACUCCUCUCGACCCAGACCCGAUGGUUAUGUGGCUCGGUGACUCUGCCUUCGCUCCAGACUCAUACUCGCAUUACUUUCCUCUGAACUCUAUCUCGGAGGCGUUCAUGGAUCAUUCCGAUCCCUACAACUUCACCCGCGACCCUUUAUUGGACAUCCUGGCGCCUGUACCUCCCGGUGUCCAGGUGACUUCCAACUUUGGCUCCCCGUCGCAUCAUGAGCUGCCAUUUGACCACCAGCCCCUAUUUUCCAUGAUACGCAAAUACUUCAACCUUCGGUACAGCGCAUCUGAUCUAAACGAAAUGGACGAGGCAUUUGGACAGGUCUGGACCUCUGAGCUGCCGAGCUUGGCAAUAUACGAUACUCAAGUCCUCGACGUGUUUAUAGGCCUCGCCUUGAAACACUUACUGGCGACCUUUGAUCUCUUCCAUGAAGUAUCUCUGGAUAGGCACACUGAUGCGUCAUAUAUCUUGGCACUAGCAGCCGUCGGGGGGCUGUUCAGCUCGGUGGAGGGCAGCUUCAAGUUGGCAAUGGCCAUCUAUAACCAUUCGAGGAAACUAGUUCUAAAGAGAUUCAAUUGCAGUAUGAAAGACGACGAACUUUCUACUGACCCGGCAGAAUGUUAAUGCUUUUGGAGCUAUACGGUUACUGCAGCGGAGACAGACGGAGUCACGAGCUUGCCGAGGCUUAUCAUGGUCAAUUGCUGGAAGCGGUGCAGCACUAUGCUAUGUUCAGGAAAUCGACUCCUGCACAGAUCGACUAUCAAUUGUUCAAAACGCUUGCUGUCCUUGACCUGUAUCGCGUUCUCCUGUUAAGACGACCACCAUCCCUGUCAUUGAGAUAUGUAGACAUACUGUGUCCGAAGCCGGCAGCUCUGCAAGAUCAGCGUGAAUCUCUGGCAGCCGGCUGGCCAGAAGUUUUGAGCUCCAUGCUUACGCCUGGAUGCAGUAUUCCAUCGGCAUCUGCAAAGUCGGAUUUGCUUGGUGGCCUAGCAGCGCUUAGCC